GGAUACGCCGUCUCACAAACGAGACGUAGACGAGCAUUUAGCAUUUCGAGGGUCGCGAAGAACCACCACAAACAAGCGGUCGUUUCAGAUCAUAAACAAAGAAAUUUAGAGCGAAUUGAUUAGAAACGCGAAAAAAAAUGGUAAAAAAUGUUCGUUCGUAUCGACGUUCAUCUACCUCCAAACGUUCAGUCGUAGACGAAGACUCUGAGCCAGAACUACCCAACAUGACUAAAGAAAUACCUCAAACCAGGGCGUCUGACGGGUCAAUUUCGGACGAUGAACCAUUGAUCAAACACGAGAAACUUGAAAAAAAAGCCGAGAAAGGGAAUAUCGCUGAUGAUGCAACGGGAAAAAACGCUGAUGAAGAGCUAAACAAUGACGAAGAAGAAGAGGAAAGCGAAGAGGAAUAUGUUGUUGAAAAAGUGUUGAAACACCGCCUGGCCAGGAAAGGCGGAGGUUAUGAAUACUUAUUAAAAUGGGAAGGAUAUGAUGAUCCAAGCGACAAUACUUGGAGUAGAGAAGCAGACUGUGAUGGAUGUAAAGAUCUUGUAGAAGCAUAUUGGGAAGAGCGAGGCGGUCGUCCAGAUGCUUCCAAAAGGAAGCGCCCGAGUCGAGCUCGUAAGCCGGAAAGCAAAGAGCCCGCCGUGAAAAGCCAGAAGAUCUCUAAGAGCGAAGCUACGAAGAAUACCCGGCAUUCCGAAGAAGAAGAGGAGGAGGAGGAAGAGAAGCAUGAGCUUUCCUCUCCUAUAAAGGCGCCUAGCCCGGAGAAAGAAACCCCUCAGAAAAAAGAAGUUACUCCCCAGGACGGACAUGUCGAGCCGAAAGAAAACGUUCAAUCCGUAAAGGAACUGUCUCCUUCUCCCUCUCCCAUACCGAAAAAGGAGAAGCAAUCAGGUGCUAGUCCCAAGAAAGCUCAUUUAAAGGUUCCUACUCUCCCCGACGAGAAAGAAUUAACAGGUCAGCAAGUGGAAAAGUAUGAUAUGUGGGAAGAUUUGGUUGCCAGUAUUGAUACAAUCGAGCGAAAGGAUGAUGGAACACUUGAGAUUUAUUUGACUUGGAAGAACGGUGCUGUUUCUCACUAUCCAAGUACAAUUACGAACAAGAAAUGUCCCCAAAAAAUGCUACAGUUCUAUGAAAGCCACUUGACAUUCCGCGAAAACGAAUAAAUAACGAUCACUUGGCAAAGGAAUUGAAUAGUUCCUUCAUAUGUUAAACCCACAUAUAUAUAUAUAUUUGGUCAUACCCAUAUCUAGAAUUUUGGUUACAUUCUACUUUUUCCUUAUCGUUUCAUCCGUCUUUAUGCUUUCCUUUCGCUCUUUCGAAAUCUUUGGUAAUAUGUAAAUUGAAAAGCUUUCCUUUUCAGUGGCUCUCAUUAUAAUGCUGUACAUGGUUCUAUGUAGUUAGAAGGGAACGUACAAAGGCAUCUUUAUAUGUGAUUCCUUUAAUACAUUUUGAUUUUUACGCUUUGCUUUGUGGAUACUAUGAAUUCGUCAACGGUGUUUCCAUUUCCAUAAAGACUGCUAGUUGUACAGACAGCUAUUAUAUUAUUUUUUUUUUUUUCAUUUAUGAGACUAUAAGUUAUAUCUAAACGAAAUGGUUUACAAUUUCGU